AUGACUUUAUUGAAAUGCUAUUUGAGUCAUUAUACCAAUCGAUUAAUACGUCAAAUUCGUUACAAAGAAGCAUGUGUCCAUGUAAAAUUAGUACGUCAGCAUCGUCGUCAUUUAUUAUCGAAGCAGCAAAUAGUCGAUGUUUAUCCACAAAUCAUUGUCGACGUGUCUAAAAUAUCAUCGAAUCGAAUUCAAUUAGAUUAUCUUUCCAAAAGUGGUAAAUCGAUACCUUUCUUUUAUGGUAUUAUCUCAAUCGUUAAUUUAUUCUUAUAUAUUGAUGUCCGGAUACGUUUUCUAUUUCAAGGACCUAAUUAUAUCAGAUCAAAUCAAAGUUCUCUUCAUUCUUAUAAACAUGAAGAAAAACAUGUGCAGCAAGAACAUAAGAACAUUAUGAAUGUGAUAACUCGUUAUCUUAUCCGUGAGCAUCAUAUUCCACUAACAGCAACAAUUAUCAGAGAGUUUUCUCAACACUUGGAAACAAGUCUACAUCAACAAUAUAUGAUUCCAUUGUCUUAUCUAAACAUAUAUCGAACACGAAAAGAAUUCAAACUAGUGAAAUCGAUUCAACAUAGACUAAAGAAAGGAAACUAUAUUCUUCGCGAAACAGAUAAAAGUGGAAUUUUUCAUAUUGGCAAUUCAGUUGAUUAUGAAAAGAAAGNUCUUGAUGUAUUCAUUCAUAACAGUAAAGGAGCUUUAAAAACUUCAGUGUAUCAUAAAGAAGCAGCUGAGCCGUAUGUCGUACCAUUUGGAUCAGAUCACCCUGGUCAUGUUUUCCGAAACACUAUUGAUGCUGCUAUUACGAAAGCAGUUCGUUAUUCAACAACUUUAUCUCAAUUCGAAGAAGAAAUACGACAAAUGAAACUCAUGUUUCUCUAUAACGGGUACCCGCCAAGACAUAUCGAUCGGCAGCUCACUACAUUAUUCAGUAAAUAUUUGUCCAUAUAUUUCAUUUUGCCUAUGCUCAAUAACUCUGAUGACUUCGAUUAUUUACGUCAUCAGCUAUUGACAACAUCAACAGAUAAAAUAUAUAAUAGAACAGUCAAAAGCUCAACUACCGAUCAAACCAGUGACAAAAAUAUGCAAAAUCAGCUUGUGCAACCUACAGACAACAACGAAAUAACAAAAAGCAAAAGUCUCAUCAUUCAUAAAAGACAUGAGCAAAGACUCACCCAAAAUCAAUAUCAUAUUCAAGGAUUGUGGAUGCGUACUUUUCAUGGAACCGACGUCACCAAUACUGCUCUAAUUUUCGGUACUUGUUUGAAUCGCAACUUGAAACAAGAACUGAUGCCAAAGAUGAUCAAAUCUAAACGACGUGCGGCAAUCAGCCAAGAGAUCACAACGCAACAUGAGACUGGUAAACAAACAUAA